GCACCACCACUGCGCCGUUGCGUUCACAGCCAUCGCGUGUGUUAUUGUUUAUUAUUUUAGUGUGUGUGUGUGUUUUUUUUUUUUUUGUUUGUUUUUACUUUUUCGUGACUUCUGCUACGAAUAUGGACGGCGAAUCCAACUUCAAGCUUAGCGCGACAAGAACGCCGCUUUAGCCGGACCCACGAUGAACUAUGAGGGUCUGGACACAGGGAUGGGGGAGUACUCUCCGAGCCUUCACGGCACUCUGGAUGCAGGGAUCGAGCCCUCCAUGGAUCCGCACAUCAACCGCAACCUCCUCCGCGGCGUCGAGAUGGACUCGGACGGCCUGGCCGUGACAGUCCCCGAACCCGUGCACCUCCUGGAGGGCAUGUUUUCCGAGCUCCACAGCGUGGUCUCCGAAGUCGGCGUCCCCGUGACAGCCGUGCAUUUUGACGUGCAGGAAGAAAUGCUUUGGAUGGGGAACCACAGAGGCCACGCCACAUCGUUCUUCGGGCCGACGAUGGGCCGCUACUCUUCUUUCCAAGUGCAGGCGACGGAUGACAUCCGGCACAUUCAGAGCCUGGAAACGGGCGUGCUGUUCCUCUCCAAGUCCAACCUCAAGUGCUGCACUCGCGGGGGCCUCGUCAUGUUCGAUUAUCCGAUGGAGGAAGGCGCCGACAUGCACAGCCUCCUCAUGACAAACAGCAACACUUUGUUAAUGGGUGGACUCCAGAACUACGUCGCCGAAGUUGACUUGAAUGCCGUUCAGGAAACUCAAAAGUUCACCGUGGAGGUCCCCGGAGUUGCAAUUAUGCGCCAAACCGGUCGCUUCUUCUUCUGCGGGCACACUUCCGGCAAGGUGACACUCCGCGACCUGCGUACGUUCAAAACGGAGCACGAGUUCGACGCCUUCUCGGGCAGCCUGUCGGACUUCGACGUGCACGGCAACCUCCUGGCCGCGUGCGGCUUCUCCACCCGGGGACUGAACGGCUUGGCCUGCGACCGCUUCCUCAUGGUCUACGACCUCCGCAUGAUGCGAGCCGUCACGCCGCUGCAAGUCCACGUGGACCCGCUCUUUCUGCGCUUCAUUCCGACUUACACGUCCCGCCUGGCCAUCAUCUCACAGACGGGUCAGUGCCAAUUCUGCGAGCCCACCGGCCUCGCCAACGUGGCGGACAUUUUCCACGUGAACACGGUGGGCCACCUGCUGAUGAGUUUUGACGUAUCGUCCAGCAAACAAGCUUUAGCCUUCGGGGACUCUGGGGGUUGCGUGCACCUGUGGUCUGACGCUCCCGACGUUUCGUUCAAUGACUAUUCCCGGGAAACCGAGUUUCCCCUGCCGUGCCUCGUGGACACGCUUCCUCAGCUGGAGUGGAACCACGACCUGCUGCCGCUUUCUCUCGUUCCCAUGACGCUCACCGGUACCGAGCCGCUGCUGUCGGACUGGCCCGCCGCGCUGGCCACGCCCAGCCCGAGACGAGCCCCUCCCGUGGACCCAGAAAUCCUGCGCACAAUGAAGACCGUCGGAUUCAUCGGCUACGCGGCGAACCCUCGCGCUCGUCCCCGGAACCAGGUUCCCUACAAAAUGAAAGACGUGGAGCAGGACUACGACACUUACAACCAGGUUCCGGAGUCACCAAUCGGGCGUGACGAAGAGCCGCACCUCUACAUGGUGCCCAAAAAGUACAGAAAGGUGACAAUCAAAUACUCCAAACUGGGACUGGAGGACUUUGACUUCAAACAUUACAACAAAACCCUGUUUGCUGGCCUGGAGCCUCACAUUCCCAAUGCUUACUGCAACUGCAUGAUCCAGGUUCUCUAUUUUCUGGAGCCAGUUCGCUGUCUGGUGCAGAAUCAUUUGUGUCAGAAGGAAUUUUGUUUGGCUUGCGAGCUCGGCUUCCUCUUCCACAUGUUGGAUUUGUCACGAGGGGAUCCGUGUCAGGCGAGUAAUUUCCUGCGGGCGUUUCGCACCAUCCCCGAAGCGUCGGCACUGGGCCUGAUCCUCGCCGACUCGGACGAGCAAACGGGGAAGGCCCGACUCGGACGCCUCAUCCAGAGCUGGAACCGCUUCAUUCUCACGCAGUUGCACCAGGAGACCCAGGAGCAGGAGGGGCCGCAGGCCUACAGGGGCGCCAGCAGCAGUUCUCUGGGCUCGUCUGGCGAGUCUGCCGUCGGGAGGCUGUUUGGAUGCGAGGUGGAGAACAGCAGCCUUUGUCGUUGUGGUAAAGAAACGGUCCGCGCCUCCCUCACCUUGCUCUUCACCAUGCAUUACCCUGAGCAGAACUCUUUGGACAAAACCAUCAAGGAGUACAACUUUGCCGACAUCCUGAAGAAGAGCAUCUGUUUGGAGCAGAGUACGCAGGCGUGGUGUGAAAACUGCGAGAAGUAUCAGCCCACAGUCCAGACACGCAACAUCCGGUGCCUCCCUGAUGUUUUGGUCAUCAACUGCGAGGUGAACAGCGCUAAAGAGGCAGAAUUCUGGAAGAUUCAGGCAGAGUACGCCUUCGCCAGAGCCCGUCGAAAAGAGGAAUCGGAGCCUGCGAUGGCAAAAGAAGCGCCGCUCAUGCCCACGGAGUGGUGCCUGGACGGCGAGGACCUUUGCAGCGCGGAGGGCUCGGAAGACCUGAGACGCGUGUGGACGGCGCUCACGUUGAAGAUGUCCAUCAGCAAAACGCAAGGCCUGGACGUCAGCAGCUGGCCGGAAGGAGAGGAGUUGAGCGCGGCCGAGGAGGCGGACGGCGCGUCCCUCUACGACCUGGUGGUGACCGUGCCGCACGUCCUCGACGCUCGCACGGGUGGAAACUUGGUGGCGCACAUCAAAGUGGGAGAAACGUAUCACCAGAGGAAAGAGGGGGUCACGCACCAGCAGUGGUAUCUGUUCAACGAUUUCCUCAUUGAGCCCGUCGACAAGACGGAAGCGGCGCAGUUCGACAUGAGCUGGAAAGUUCCCGCCAUCCUGUAUUACGCCAAGAGGAACUACCACACCAAAUACGACCUCCGCAUUAAAAACCCCAUCGACGCCAGCGUGCUGCUGACGGAGGCCUCGCUGGCUCGCAAGCAGCGCAAGACUCACGCCACCUUCAUCCCGCUCAUGGUCAGCGAGAUGCCGCAGGCCGGCGACCUGGUGGGGCUGGACGCCGAGUUUGUUACGCUCAACCAGGAAGAGGCGGAGCUACGCAGCGACGGCACCAAGUCCACCAUCAAGCCCAGUCAGAUGUCCGUGGCCAGGAUCACGUGCGUGCGGGGCCAAGGAGCCAACGAGGGCGUUCCCUUCAUCGACGACUACAUCUCCACGCAGGAGCAGGUGGUGGACUACUUGACCCAGUAUUCCGGCAUCAAACCCGGCGACCUGGACGCCAAGAUCUCGUCCAAGCACCUGACCACGCUGAAGUCCACCUACCUCAAGCUGCGCUUCCUCAUCGACACGGGAGUUCGCUUUGUCGGCCACGGCUUGCAGAAGGACUUCCGGGUGAUCAAUUUAUUGGUGCUCAAAGACCAAGUCAUCGACACGGUCUACUUGUUCCAUUUGCCCCGGAAAAGGAUGAUAUCGCUGCGCUUUCUGGCCUGGUACUUCCUCGACCUCAGCAUCCAGGGGGAAACCCACGACAGCAUCGAGGACGCUCGCACGGCCCUGCAGCUGUACAGGAAGUACUUAGAGCUGAGUCGGGGAGGCGGCGCCGACGAGGUCAGGAAGGUCCUGAAGGGACUCUACGAGAAAGGCCGACAGAUGGAUUGGAAAGUCCCAGACGCCGACGCGGGAGACGGCCGAGGCAGCCCGAAAAGUGCUGCGGCGUUUCCUGCCGUCCUGGGACUGUGACCCCCCCCCAAAAAAAAAAACGCCGUCACGGCCGUCUUCUGGGAUCUCCGCUUUUUUUGGAUCGCCGUUUAGACAUUUUAUUUAGGAAAUGGCUCUGAGAACAGGAAGUCGAGUUGUUUUUAACGAAGAUUUGUUUGCUUGGGGGAAAGGAAAAAAAAAAAAAAAAGUUGUUGGCGGAUGUAAAUAAACGAGUGCAACUUGAGCGCUGUCAUAUUUUGGUAUGUUUGCGGAAGAAAAGAAAAAUAUUCGCUUGUUGAUUCUGAGAGGAGCUUCCUGAGCAAACGGGACCAGGUCAUUUUCUUUGCGUUUAUAUUCAAUAAUAAUAGUAAACAUUAAAAAACAGUACAACCCAUCAGAAUAAAAACACUUCAGGUAUGUUUUUAAUAUAUGUGCGAUUGUAGACUUUGACCGGUUGUAACGUGUCCGAUUUGAAGAACAAACGAGGCCGAUGUGAGAGUCCGAAAAACUUUCCACUUCUUUUCCACAAUCCAGCACAUUUAGGCCGCAUUCCGCACGUCAAAAUAUUGAAUAUGCAACAAAAUGAGUUUAGUGAAUUGUGAUACAUUUUAUGUAUUUAUAUAUAUUAUUUUUAUUUAUAUUAUAUAUUUAUGUAUUUUAUUUUAUGUUCACACCUCUAUGAAUUGAAAUGUUUGCUUACAAAUACAAGUGAAAACAAUAUAUAUCGCCCAUAUGAAAUAUUGUACCUCACUUCCGAAGAUUCUCACAUAUGCGUUUUUUUUUUUUUUUUUCUCAAAUCACACAUAUUACAACCAGUCGUAGAAUAUGUCUCCAAUCUGCACCCCGCACAGAUUAAAAUGUACCUGAAGUGGCCACAGCGUUUGACCCGGUGAGGUUUUUUUUUUUUUUUGUUCUGAUGCAAAUUCUGCGUGUGCAAGUCACUUAUCUUAAAAAAAAAAAAAACAAAAAACUGGAUAAUGCAUACAUAUCUAGCGGUGUGUCGAUUGGUUGAGGCCAAUUGGCCGCCAUCUUGGUACUCCAACAACCUAUGGAAGACAUGUUUUACAGAUCAGUGGUGCACGUUUGGCGCCACCUCGAGGAAAAUGGCGGACGGUGGUUGACCAGUGACGUCGUCAUUUGUGCCGACCCCUGCCCAGGUGCCCGGAUGUCGCCAAACGUGGCCUUUGCCCCCCCCACACACACUUCACGUAUUUCAACGCAUUCCAAUACGGUUAAACGCAAUUCACGCAUUUUCAAUUUCAUUACAAUGGCUACCUAUUGUUCUUUUUUUUUUUUUUUAAUUUCAUUUAUUUGGAGGUAGCAAAAGCCGUACGGAAUGUCACGUUGUACACUGCCGCCCCUUGGUCGUUCAUUGUAAGUGCAGAAACAAAAAAAAUGUUACCCCCCUCACAUCUGAAAGACAAAAAAAUAAGAAUAAUCGGGACUAUAAUUUAUUUGAAAUGUUCUCUUUUCUCGUCACAUUCCAGUGGAUAGGCCAAAUAAAACGGGGGUUGGGGGGAUUAACUCAUUAAAAAAAAGCAUCAAUUGAUGCUACAAUUAGCAAUAAUUCAAGGUGAACUCAGUGUAUAUUGCAAAUGAUUUAUUAGUAAUAAAUGAGGUGUGCCAAUGGGGGAAAGAAAGCGUGCGGGCGAGUGUGGCCGAGCUCUUUGGUCCAUUCACUGUGUGGUUGUUGGGUUUUGUUUGUUUUAUUGUUUGGAUGGAGGUGCGGGGGGGGGGGGCAGAAGAAAAGGCACUUAAGUUUGCAGCUGUCUCAGCAACUAAUUUCCGUUAUGCCUACCGUGAAUAUUCACCUACAAAACGCAUACAUGUAUAUACAGCAAAGAAAUUCAAGAAGGAAAAACAAAAAAGAUUCAGAAACCCCUGUCUACGUUUUUCUAACGAGGAAAGAGUUGGGGUGCAAGGUUAACUGUGAUUAAAAAAAAAAAAACAAAAACGAGUCUUUGGCGUUAAACUCAUAUUUUUACAAUUUGCAACAACAAAAAAUUGACACGGUUUUGAAAUUUUAACCAAGCCAACAUCAGAAAUGACAAUCGCCACUUCGGUGGGUGAACAUCUUUUGGAAAUAAAAGCUAAUGAUCUUUACGCCAAGACCGCUGCAUGAUGCAAACGUUGCUGCUAGCAUCUUUAUAGCUCACAAAAUAAAAUAAUAAAGUAUCAGUAAUUCCUUGUCGCGUGUACAAAGUGUGCGUGGGAACUGAGCUUCAAUGAACGCGACGAGAAAUAUCGUCAGUGAACUUUGAAGAUGUUAGCUGCAGGGUUAGCUCGAUCGCUAAGCUAACCCAACGCUCGCUGUAGCGUCAUAUUUUCCAAAGUAUUUUUUUUCCAGUCGGAAGAAUCUUGGCUCACUCCACAGCAACCCACGGUGAACAAAAUAAUACAACCAUUGACUGCGAUAAUUACAUAUUGUUGAGAGAUAUAUACAUGUAAAAAAAAAAAAAAAAGGUAACGAAAACAACUUUUUCAUUUACGUUUUCCUAACGUUUGCUUGAUACAGGCCACAGAAAAGCUUCCAAAGUGAGGUACGUAGUCGAUUUGUUUUCCUUCAUUUUUUUGCCGACAACACAGUGAGAAGCUCAGUGAAAAUCGUGUGGUACAAAAAUGCAAGCGCUUUUUUUUUGAAAAAAAAAAAAAAAAAAAAACCCCACAGUGGGGCAUAUCUUUUUACAACUAUUUGAAAAUUAUCUCCCUAAAUCACAUUUCCUACGGAAGGAAGAGUAAAAAGGCCUGUCCAAUAAAAGGCAAAACAAUACAAGAACAAAAGUUGGCUGUUGUGAUGGUCAGAAGCAAAAAACAAACAAAAAAAAAAACAAAACGAAAAUCAUUUUUUACAUUGAAAUCAAUCUAGAAAAAAAGAAAAUGAGCCCACACCAGUCACACAAAAAACAACUAACGGUGUCACAUUUGUUCAGGAGGGGACGCCCCCGAAAUGGGUCAUUUCAUUUCUCACUGCGUUGUUUCCCACAUGUACGCAUCGGCUGUGCCCUGGAAAAUUCUACAAUUUUGCUUGAAUCGGUUUGACUUUUUUUUUUUUUUUAAA